AUGGCUACAUAUCAAGCAGCUAAAUUGAGUUCACCGCUUCCAAGCACUCCCCCACGUGGUAGACCAGUCAAGACAACUAGUCCAUCAGUGACAAACUCAUCGUCACCAUCAAAAGAAAGGAAGUCACAAAGCAUUGGCGCAAUGGGCCACUCUCCGAAGUUAGGCGAAGAUGAUUUAAGGUCCAUCAUUUCAUCACCUCAGUUGACGCCUGAUCAAUUAAGGUCAAUAUCAAGAAGCCCAUUGGCCCGAAGAAUGCACGUUGUAUCAUCCAAUCCAUCUAAUGACAAGUAUGUGAUCCCCAUUCCGCUAACCUUAAGACUUCCUCCCAGGUUAACUUCACCUACAAGGCAGAGAGAUAGCACGAGGCUUACUCCUGCAUCGCCAUUGCUGGACUCAUCCCUACCCAAACAAAAAAGGAGCACCUUGGUGUACACUUCCCACGGAUAUGAAAAGAUUGACGUGUCGCUGUCGUCGGAGGAUGAGCAAGAGGAGAAUCUUCCUCCAACAGUGCCCGAAAAACCAAGUUUAGCUAAGAAGCCACAACCUCCGUCUGUUGCCACAAACAAGACCAAAUAUCUGAAAAUUGCAUAUCCUAAUAAAGAGCCGGAUGAGCUAAGUAUGAUAGAGGAGAUGUCCAAUUUUGGUUCAAGAAACUCAAGCAUUACAAGAAGCACAAAUAAAGGUAUGAAGCAUGAGCAUAGCAAGAAACUACCAAACUUGCCAGCAAAAAUUGACGAAACAGAAGCAGUCAAUAUAACAGAUGGCUCAACUUCGGGUAAACCAUUUGCGGACUCGCUAAAUUUAGUUGGAAUGAAAAAGCCACAAGGUCUGCCAUCAAAUAAGGGGCUUAAAGCAAUCUGCACAACAAACAGAGCAGUCACACAAGGGGAAGUGCCACAGGCUUAUAGCACGAGACCGCCACAUAGUCGCUGCUUCAGUGAGACCUCACAGGUGUCGAGUGUAAGUUCUUUCAGUUCUGCAGGAGCAUUUGGACUAGCGAACUCGCGGCAAAAGUUUAGCUCCACUGAUAGAUCAGUUGCAAGCAAGAACAAUGGCCAAUUCAGCCCUCAUCGCUUGCAACAGGUUGACACUUCAUAUAAAUUACCACCUGCCAUUACUGAUAGACAAGUCUCAGAUGCCAGUCAAGCAUCCACCAGUUCUUCAAAUAGCUGGAACUCAUUGCAGCAAUCUAUUGAUAUAUCUUUGACUAAGGAGCAGGACGAUAAGGAAGAUCUUUCAAUGAGUAGAGUUGAAGCGUCAGGCAAAGCAAGUGAAGAGAACCUUUGGCUGGACGCUAGCUCUACAAGUAGCGAAGAAUCAGUCGAUGAAAUCAGCCCACUUAAUAUAACUAGACAAAACACACAGUCCACUUUGCAGUCGAAAAAAAGCUUCAUGGAUGAACAACUUCACUCAAAACCUGAUGCAAGUAUCGACCACAGAGGUGCCGGGGUCGCAUUCGAGUUUCCAAAUAACUCCAGCAAUAUUACCAAUAGCAAGUCUUUGAAACUGAAAUCGAUAGAUGAAGAUGGGAAGAGCACAAAGUCUCGAUUCAGCUUUUAUUCCAAUGGACAAAUUGAGAUACCAGAUUUGGCAUGCGGCAAAGUCAUGGACCAGUAUUCGUCAAAGUCUCCCUCGAGUUAUAAUGAAACGGUAUUUUCUGAUAGGCCUACCGAAACUUCGGUCUCUGAUGUCGAACACGAUGAGCAUGAAAUAAGAAAAAUUCGAGUCCCCAGCCGAGAUGCUUUACUACAUUUUCAGCAACAGUACCAAAACUAUACUGAAGAUGGUGACUCUGACAAUGAAGGCUCACUUAGACAGUCUACCUUGUAUUCCACUCCUGCAAUUGCCAAAACAGCACCAGACUUACAAAGCAAUGUUCCUCUUUCAAGAGCUAUUCCCACGUCACCUGUUAGACAUAGACGAGGCAAGUCGAUGUACAAUAUUGACUUUAAUACAUCCGAGAGCUCUCCAAAAGCGCAACAUCAAUUGCAUCAAAAGUCGAAGUCAACAGACUUCAAUUCCAGAACGAGUUUUGCGGAACUGUCUCAUUCAAAGGCCUCUACAAGUGCGUCACAUACUAGUGCUCCCCUCAGAAAUAACUCGAAUAAGGAGCCGCCAAAUGCUGUUCCCGAGAAGUUGGACAUCCAAGUUGCAGAGCCACCAAAAGCAGUACACUAUGCUGUUGACUUCAGGGUAAACAAUAGUAACGAUUGUGACUUUGGGAACAAAUAUACCACUCCAAAAGCUUUAGAUACCCGUCACUCACUAAGAGCAAAGCACCAAUCAACAAAGAGAAAACCGCCAUCUGAAUCCUCCAGUCAAAGAGAUGAUUCCGAUGCGGAGAGCGUUGUGAUUGAUUUGACUGAUGAUAAGUACCGAGUUGUCACGAUUCAACGAAGUGACUCGACCCUAUCAUACCGCUCGGUGAUGGAGAAACGCAAGGGGAAGGAAGUUGAAGUAAUUCUUCUUGAUGACGAGGAGGAGACGAGAGAGAAACCAGAGCGAGCGCAAAUGCAUGAAGCCGAUGAGACCGAUGACGAAUUGCUGAGUAUCUAUUCAAAAUACAAGAAUGAUUCAUGGCUAUUUGGACCAAAAUCAAAAACUGGUAGUACAGCAUCAUUUGACGCUACGUCCCAAAAUUCGAAUUUGAAUGUUGUGCAAAGACAUAGGGAGCCCCCCGAGAAGUUACAGAACUUGCGUUCACUAACUACUGCGGGAAGAAUAGUACAUGAAUUGAACUUGAAGAGAUCAAAUACUUCUGCAUCAUCCAAAGCAUCCUCGUCCCACAAAGAUGGAAACAGAAAAGUAGAGGCAAACACUCGCCUUAAAAAUCAGAACAACCGAGUUAGUACGUCUUAUAUUGACGACAAGUAUUUUGACUAUGCAAUGAAUGGUAAUUACAACUUUCAAACAUUCAUGAACGAGAGGGUUAAUUAG